AUGUCCGCCGAGCCCGCCACCGCUACCCUUCGCUCCCUAGUUGAGAGCUUAUCACGGUUAUCUCAACCAAGCACUCAACGAACAUGGAUAUAUCAGGCUGCUCAGUACUAUAGCCGCGCACUUGAGCUCCUGAAAAAGGCCAUUUAUCUGCUCGGUCCCAUGGAGGGCGCUGCGGAGUCGGCGGAAACUGCCAAUGUGUUCGCUGCUGUCGCCAUGUUAGGCACGUUUGAAAUGAUGGAUGCUCCCGCAGACGGAUGGCGAGCUCAUCUUGAUGCGCUGCCUAUGUUUGCCUCAACAAAUACUGAGGCAGCAUUCUCCCCAAUGACACUUCCCCGCAUUACUGUGAAAGGCUCGGCCUUUUGGAACCUCGUCCGGCUGGAUCUCAUAUGUGCCUUUGUUAGUGAGCGACAAACUCGUCUGAAUCUCGAGAGUAUACCUUCCUGGCAGAACGCUGGCCUGGCUGUGGAUGACACUGGGGAAGUCCUAGCUUUCAGCCCAUUCACCUCGACCCGCUGCGACGCCUCAUCAGACAUAAUCGAGGACGCCAAGAGUAAUGAGCUUCUCUGGCUUCUAGGAAAAGUGAUCAAUUUCCUAACUGCAGGUGACGCCAUGAACCCGGAGGACUUCGCUCUCCCUCUUGAUCAGAGACUUCCACUUGGCGUGACUCAAGAGCAGUUGCUUGAAAGGUGGGAAGUUCUGGACACUGAACUUCGGAAAUGGCAAAGUGGUCUCCCGCCUACGUUUGAAGCGAUAGCGCGAACGAAUACUGGCUGUGCCUCGAUGGAGCUUGAACAAAUAUGGUACGAACUUCCGGUUUGUGCUGCGGCCAUGCAGACGUAUCACAUGGUGUCCAUCUUACUUCUUGCCAACAGGCCUCAAGAAUCGACAGUCAUCCGUUCCACACUUGCCAGUCGCCUACGUCAUUAUCGCACAAUUCCGCGAAGAGUUCUUUGGCACGCGCGAGAGAUAUGUGGCGUUAACUUAGCAGAUCCAGUAGACUCAGUUAGGAUACACUCUAUCUUACCAUUAUUUAUUGCUGGACAAGUAGUGGAUGACCCUCAAGAGCAGAGCCUUAUACAAGACCUGUUGUCAUCGAUCGAGACGGAUCUAGGUUGGACUACACACUACCACCGGGACAAAUUAUAUCAGGGAUGGAUAGAAAUGGCACAACCAGUUUGA